AUGUCCCCCCAUGGCUACAUCCAAGGAUCUGCACAUGAGGGUAGUGCAGGCAACUCCACUGCAGCUGAGACUGCAUCAGAACACCCCAAUGUUGCCUAUGGAUCCGUCACUAGCCCCUCCUGGGCUUCCCUGCUGCACCAAGAGUGUAUGGUUUUGGAUGAACUCGUGUUUUCUGAGCUAAGUGUUGUUUUGUUAUAUUUUUUCUGUCCGCUUGUGAUAAAGCGGACAAGGCUCUCUGCAAGUCUUUCUUCUGGAAGAGGCACUUGCAAGAGCCCAAAUGAAACACUAAGGCCAUGUGAGGUACAUCAGAGGAAGUUCCCUUAUGCCAAAAAGGAAUGCUCAGUUCUAUACAGUGAUGUUUUUGCACCUUGUCGCAACGUGAUUGAUGUGACUUCUUUUGUCAAAAAUUGUCACACAGAUACGUGCAACUGCAAUCUUGGUGGGGACUGCGAGUGCUUGUGUACCAGUAUUGCAGCUUAUGCCCACAAGUGCUGCCAGCAAGGAGCACCAAUUCACUGGCGAUCUCCUUCCCUCUGUGCUUAUGACUGUGAUUAUUACAACCAAGGUCUUGGUGAAGGACCCUAUAUUUUGGCAAGUUAUGGACAGAAUGACACAAUUAUAGGAGCUAAUGUAUCUAGCAGAAGGAUAUUUCCCCUGCCUAGAGCUGGAGCAUAUAGAAAUGUAUUUUUCAGCUUCAUGAUAACUCCAGGGCUUUUCAAAGAUAAAGAUUUAUCUCUCUCUCUUGUUUCCCUUGAAUCUGCUGAAAGACCAAACUACUUCCUGUAUGUACAUGACAAUGAAACCGCUGGGUUGGAACAGUGGCAGGCAAGUGCCUCCUUUCAGAGACGAGCCACCUUCUUCCACCACCAGGGCCUCUGGAGUCCAGGGCUCAGUGCCUUCGAACUGCACAGUAAAAAAGGCUUUUUCAUCAUUCUCACCUCAUCUGGUGUUAAAGUGGCAAAGUAUGAUAAUUCAGAAGAAUUCAAACGUUUGAGUAGCUUUAGUAUUGAAGAACUCAGUGCCUCUGUGCCUUAUAGAAGAAUGUGUGAGUGGCGAUACGAAUCUUGUGCUAAUCCUUGUGUUAAAACCUGUAGUGAUCCUGAAGGAAUAGCAUGUAAAUUCCUUCCUCUGGUUGAAGGAUGCUUGCCAUACUGUCCCAAAAACAUGAUCCUUGAUGAGGUCACACUUAAAUGUGUUUAUCCAGAAGACUGCAUACCUGUGACACCUACAGAAUCAGCAAUUGGAACAAAACCUUCGUUGCUAAUGUCUCACACGGCUCCUGAAGCCACUUUAGAAAGCCAGUCGAGUAGGGUUUCUAUGUCUUCACCUCCUCCUAAGACCACUCGUAUCUCUACUGUUUCUCUAGGAAAACAGAGUUCUUCAGUAAGUUCUUCAGAAGAAAAUGGAACAAUAUCAGCCAUAUCUGCUGGAAUCAUCACUCAAUCCACUACACCAACAAUCAAGAAGACAACAGUGAAUGCUACAUCCUUAAAAGCGCCUUAUAUUUUUGCAAAAAUACCACCUACCUCUUCAGGCAGUUUUGUUUCUGGCACUACAGUAGCUUCUAGUAUUACCACAAAAACCACUGAUUCUUUUGUUGUUGAUUUGGAGUUUUAUAUAGCUUCAGCUUCAGUUCCUGCCACCACAGAAACAUCCAUGCAUGUGUCACACAGAUCUUUAUUUACAUCUGCAGUGACUCAGGCUUCACAGAGCACUAAAGAGACUCCAAAAAUUAUGAUAAUGAAAACAACUGGUACUACAAGUCCAUUAUCACAGGCAAAGAGUACCUCACUUCCAGCUUCAGAAGUUAAAUAUGCAACCUCAUUUGAAAGAAUUGGGGAUGUUUUAGAAAGUGGUCAGAUUUUACAUGAGCAAAGAAAUGUUACCAAGACAAAGUCAACCACAACUGAGAAAUCUUCCCUGUCUUAUUUGACAGUAUCACCAGUUCAGAGUUCACCUUUCCCAAGAAACAUAACCACAGUAAAAAAUCUCUCUCUUUCUGGAGUCCCAGAUGUAAUAAUAUCAGAUUGGUCAAAUAUCCCAAUGCAGAAAACCAUUAAACCUUAUUUCAGUUUAACAGAGCCCACAGAGCUUCAGACCAGAACUGUAACAGAUUUAUCUCAUUCUAGUGGUGGAAUGUCUCUGCCUUCCUCUCCAGAGCCUAUGGAAACACAAAGUUCUCUGGCAAGCACAGAAACAAUGACGGCUGUAGCUGACAAGGCUUCCUUUGGUACAGUGAUGCAUACAUUGAUGUCUACAUCUUCUGAAUGUGUGCCAAGAUACCUGGAACCUGUUGACAAAUGUAGCCAGUAUGUAUGUGUUAAUAUGGGUUGGAUGUUAUACAACCUUUCAAGGAACUGCCUUAAGGAUGUGCAGAUGCCAGACUGUGGUUUUCGCGGAAUGCCAGUUCAAGUUAACACUGAUAGUUGUUGCCCAGAAUGGGAAUGUCCCUGUCAAUGUUCUGUACUGUCUGAACUGAGUGUUAUCACAUUUGAUGGAAACAACAUAGCCCUCUGUAAUACAGCUUCCUACAUUUUAGUCAAGUUACCAGGAGAAAUUAUUGUUGCUCAUAUUGAAAAAUGUCCUGCUAAUCAGAGUGCAAAUUCAAUAAGAAAACUAGUUCCCCCUGCAAGCACUUCGGGGCUCUGUUUUAAGAAAUUAAAUGUAACAACACGCACAUAUCAAUUACUUAUCAAUCGUUUAGCAAGAAAAGUAGUAGUGGAUUCUGUAAUUCAACCAUUACCAUUUUCAAAAGAAGGACUGAGUAUUCAGGAUACUGGUGCAAUGUAUGUUGUUAAUACCCCAGCUGGUAUUAGCAUCAAGUGGGCUCACAUUACAGGAAUUAUUGAUAUACAGUAUGGAUUACACUCUAACACAUCGAUGAAGACAGAAGGACUUUGUGGGGUGUGUAAUGGAGACCCUACUGAUGAUCUGAAAAUGCAAAACAGGACCAUAAUUACAAAUAUGGAUGAAAUUGAAGUGUUCAUUAAGAGUUGGGAAAUUGAGAAAUCACUUGAUGUAACAACCAGGAGGCCAGUAAGAAACUGUACUGAAGAUGACUGUAUGUACUGUAUGGAACUGUUGAACAGGAGCACUUUCAUCCCUUGUCACAAGAAAGUGUCACCACAGGAGUUUUGUGAGAAGAUGUGGAUCAACAGUACUUAUUUUUGGAAUUAUGAGUGUGAUGCACUUUCUGCAUAUGUGGCUUUAUGCAACAAGCACAACAUCUGCAUUAAAUGGAGGACACCUGAUUACUGUUCACUGAGUUGUCCUGAGGGCAAGGAAUACCAGCCUUGUGUGCAACCCUGUGAAGCUAAGACAUGUUUGAAUAAAUGGUUCUAUGAAGAUUCUCCCUGUUCCCACUUACGGGAGGACUGUGUGUGUAAAAAUGGCACUAUUCUGCAUAGAACAGACUCUGACCUCUGUAUACCAGAAGAAAAAUGUACAUGUACAGAUAACAAAGGACAACCCCGCUCUGCUGGAGAGAUCUGGAAUGGGUCCAUGAGAGGCUGUUGUAUGUACAACUGUUUAGCAAAUGGAAGCAUUGUUGCUGUAGAACCUGAAUGCAAUGAGGAUCCACUACCAGUCUGUGAAAGAGAAGGGGAAGUUAUCUUCCAUGUCAUUGAAGAAAGAGCUUGCUGUCCAAAGAAAGUUUGUGAAUGUAACAUGUCAUUGUGUGACACCAUUAUUCCAACAUGCAAACCCAAUGAAAAAUUAGUGGCAGGUUACCACCCCCUGUCCUGCUGUCCACAGUACCGAUGUGAAUGUGAUCCUUCAGCUUGUUUCAAUGCUUCCCAGCUGGACUGCAGAGAAGAUCAAUUUAUCGUGGAAGCAAAACAGGAAGAUCCUUGUUGUUUCUCUUAUCUCUGUGUUUGUGAAUCCUGUAUUGAGCCCGUUCCCUUGUGUAAUAAGGGGGAAAUUCUCACUGUAGACCUUAAUACCAUACAUUACUGUUGUCCUCAUUACUACUGCGUUUGCGAUGAGAAUCUUUGCUCUGAGCCUCCUAUGAAUUGCACAGAUGAAAUGACACUUGUGAAGGAAAAAACACCUGGGCAGUGUUGUCCAGAAUGGCACUGUGAAUGUAGCUGUGAAAACAUUACUAUGAUGACCUGUAAAUUGGGAGAAGUUAAAAAAAUAGAUAGUAAUGCUUCCAGUGCUUGUGGAUGCACUCACUACAUUUGUGAGAAAGAUGAUGUGUGCAUCUUCCAAGAGGUCACAGUACUGAAUCCUGGACAAUCAGUGAUUCAGUUCUUGGAUGGAGACCUUUGUUACACUGUACAGUGUUUACAAGAAAAAGAUCAGAACACAGGAUACAAUGCCAUGCAAUUUACAACGGUGAACUGUUCCCAGCAGUGUAAAGCUAAUCAAAUAUACAUUCCUUCCUCCAGUCACCAUACGUGUUGUGGUACCUGCCAAGACGUGUCCUGCUCUUUUCAUACUGAGAAUGGAACACUAAUCAUGUAUGAGGAAGGCAGCACCUGGACCUCCAACUGCACUAACUACAAAUGUGCAAAGACUGCUUCAGGGGCUGUCAUACUGGGAUCAAGUGUUGUCUGCCCCCCUUUUAAUGACACUGAGUGUACAAAGAAUGGAGGAAUUGUGCAGACAUAUAAUGAUGGCUGCUGCAAGACCUGCAAAAAGGAAGAAAGGAUUUGCCAGAAAAUAACGAUUAGGACAACCAUCAGAAAAAAUGACUGUAUAAGUCAAAGCCCGAUAAAUGUGGCUUCUUGUGAUGGAAAAUGCCCGUCUGCAACAAUUUUCAAUGUCAAUAUUGAUACCCAUUUAAGAUUCUGUAAAUGUUGUCAAGAAAAUGGAACACGUAAUCUGACUGUGCCACUGCGCUGCUCAGGAAACGGCACUGAAAUUAUGUACAUCAUUCAAGAGCCUAUAGAAUGCUCAUGCCAAUGGAACUGA